AUGGCCGAGAGUGGUGUCCCCCAGGGUUCAGUACUGGAACCUAUUCUGUUCCUUAUCUACGUGGAAGAUGCUGCAAGAGCUUUAGACUGCGAAUUAGCUAUUUUUGCCGAUGACAUGAAGAUAUGGAGUGUAAUUCGGGGUCCUGCCGACGAAGACAGACUGCAGAUGGACCUGAAUCGGUUGGAGGAGUGGUCAAACCGUUGGCUCCUGCGGUUCAACGUUGCCAAAUGUAGCAUCCUUCGCCUAGGCAACACAGCCAGAUCUGCCAGCACAAGAGACAUCUUUCUGAGCGGUGCAGCCUUAAAAGUUGCCGAAGCCCUAAAAGACCUCGGUGUGCUGACGACCAGUUCCCUAAAGCCAUCCGCCCACAGCUCGAGAGUGGCAAAAAUCGCAAUGUCCGUACUGUACGCCAUCAAGCGUGCGUUUAUGGACUUUGACGAAGAAGCUUUCUCUAAGACAUUCGGAACAUUCGUCCGACCGCAUUUAGAGUACGGCAUACAAGGCCGGAGGCCGUGGGCGGUUGAGGAUCCAAACUGCCUCGAAAUAGUCCAGAGGAGAGCCACGAAGAUGGUUAGGGGUCAAAGCUCCUUUUCUUAUGCAACACGCCUAGUAAAUCUAAACCUAUUUCCUUUGAGUUAUAGACAACUUCGCGGGGAUCUCUUGCAAGCCUUCCGCAUUGUUAAGGGGUUGGAUUGCAGUCUGGCCUUUGAGGACUUUUUGAAUUUGCUACCACGACCAACCUCCGAGGUCACCCGUUAAAACAGCACACUCAGCAGCCAAGGCUGGGUGUGCUGAAGUUCUCCUUCUCUGUUCGAGGGAUCUAACCAUGGAAUGCCCUUCCCGCAGAUGUUGUGAUGUCACCAUCUAUACAAAGUUUUAAAAGGAAUCUUGGCAUAUUUAUGUUCCAAAAUGACCAAGAGCGAUGAGAAGUAGAGCUUACCCAUUGUAACUCGUUCCCCUUUUGUCCUACCAUUAUGGGCGUGUUUGAAAUAUUUUAGCGCAGAACAUUUAUCAGUAUACCACACAUUUUUACAUUGGCAACAGGAUACCAAAAUGCUUACGCCUAUUUUCCUCAAUAAACUGAACUGAACUGAACGUCUUCGAUCACCACGAUUUAACCGCCCAGUUAGCCUUCAUGUCUCCAUAUUCACAUGGCAUCUAUGGCACUUCCGAGCACGCGUGAUACAAGCCGUCUACCCUAACUUUGAAAUCCUGUUGUGCUAUACAGAGGACAGGAUAUGUGCGGCAUGCAAAAGCGGGUUCUUUAGCCUUGUUAUUUACUGCACACGACUUCUUCUCCGGUCCCCUUGACGUUGUCUCGACAGCAAUUUCAGGUGGGCGAAGAUCAGCAGGGUGUGGUAUAUACAGUGAAAGUGCACUAUUACUGUGGACUGAUUCACGCGCCCCUCACAACCCCUACGUCAACCCUGAUGUGGGGCACACGGUGUACCUCACCGUUCCCGACGAACGAACUGUCAUGCGUUGCAGUUCAGUCCUUCGGCCUUCUUAUUUGUGGCCAGCCACGACAAACGCGAUGAAGAAAUCGGGUCACUGCUGAUCUUUUCUUGGUUCAGUGGAAACUACUGACAUUGACGGAUGAGAUGGUAGUCGAGCAAUUGUUGUGUUGGUAACAAUCUCAAUAAUACUCGUAUUAGCAGUAGCAACACUAGUAGCAGUGGCAUUAGUAGUGUAUUAGAAACAGCAGCAUCAGCAGACCCAUUAAUCCUAAUGGAUUUAUACCUUCGAUUACCAUCUACUAAGGACAACUCUAGAAGCUCUACUCACGCAACAUGUCCUGUUUCCAACUAGAGCUCGUGGAGGGCAACAGGCCAGUUGUCUGGACCUCGUUUUUACCAAAGAUCCUGACAGUAUAGACGAGGUGUACUACCUACCCCCGCUCGGUCGAAGUGAUCAUGCAGUGCUUUUAUGCGAGUACUUGCUGUAUUCUGAACCGUGUGCAAAAGGCAAUACGAGGCCAAAUAUAUGGAAAGGGGACUUUCGCCAAAUGAGAGCUGAGGCAUCACAAAUAGACUGGGAUGUUCUCUUCUCCGGAAACGUUAACGAGGACUGGAAUUUAUUCAAGGAUCGUUUACUGCAUCUAAUGAAGAACCACUGUCCCUUAUCAAAGCCUAGGACAUCCAACCGCCCUCAGUGGCUUACACGAGAACUCAAAAGGGAGAUCAACAAGAAAGGUAGGUUGGGGAAAAAAUUUCGCGAGAACAACAAUAAUGCAGCGUUUACAGAAUACAGAAUUCAAAGAAAUAAGGUGAAAAGCCUGAUUUUCAGGAGGCGACGGGAUUUUGAGAGUAAUUUGCUCCACCGAGCCGUUAAAAAUCCGAAAUUACUCUACAGCUAUUUGCGGAAAAGCACACGUAACAGGAAUCCCAUUCCUGUUAUGAGGGGUGAUGACGGCUUGGAGAUAUCGGACAGUACAAAUAAGGCUGAGCACUUUUCUCAAUUUUUCCGAUCCGUUUUCACCAGAGAAGCAGACUUUACCCCAUCUAAUUCUGAGAACAUGAGAGAUCCCACAAUCGAAAAUAUUGUGUUUCGAGAAGAAGCGAUUUUGGAAGAACUGAAAAGCUUGAAGGAAUGUAAAUCUCCCGGUCCGGACGAGAUUCCAGCAAAGCUGCUCUUUGAGCUUGCCCAACAGCUGGCCAAGCCACUAUCCUUUCUGUACCAAAAAUCGUUUGAUGCUGGAAUUCUUCCCACAGACUGGAAGACGGCCCACAUUACACCCCUUUACAAAAGCGGUAGUCGUGCUCAGGCGACAAACUACAGACCCGUCAGUCUGACAUCAAUCUGCUGCAAAGUGAUGGAGAAAACAAUCAAAAAGGAGUUGAUGGCUUACUUGGAAACCCACAACCUCUUGUCCAAUGCACAAUAUGGUUUCCGUAGGGGAAGAUCAUGUGUUACGAACUUGCUAUACACAAUGCAAAGUUGGACACGAGCACUGGACGCAAAACACACCGUGCAUGUUGCCUAUAUUGAUUUUCGGAAGGCGUUUGACAGUGUUCCGCACCAGCGUCUCCUACACAAGUUGAGAAUUAUGGGCAUCGGUGGCAAACUUCUCAAAUGGAUCGAAAAUUUCCUUGUCGGCCGCUCCCAAAUUGUCUGCGUAGAACAACAGCAAUCAAGGUGCACAUUCAUAGAGAGUGGGGUCCCACAAGGCUCGGUGCUCGGACCAACCCUCUUUCUCUUGUUCAUCAAUGAUUGCGUAGAUGGGUUGGAUUGUGAUUGUGCCAUGUUUGCGGAUGACAUAAAAAUCUGGAAAGUCAUCCAGAAUGCUGCCGAUGAGACCAACUUCCAAGAAAAUUUUUGUCGAUUGGACGAGUGGUCCCGCAGAUGGCUCUUGUCCUUCAAUUUGAACAAAUGCACCAUUCUGCGCAUUGGAAAUCAGAGCCCUAGUACGCGGCAAUACCAUCUGAACGGAAUGCCACUCCGAGAAGCAGAAACUCAGAAAGAUCUCGGAGUUUGGGUUGCAGACAGCCUAAAGCCUUCUACACAAUGCUGUAAGGCGGCCAAGGCCGCAACGUCAAUGCUAUAUGCCAUCAAGCGGGCAUUCGUAGUUUUCGAUGAAGACUGCUUCACCAAAGUCUUCGGCACGUUUAUAAGGCCCCAUCUCGAAUAUGCAAUUCAGGCCUGGAGACCGUGGACGCAUCAGGAUUACGAUCUGCUCGAAAGGGUGCAGAAACGAGCAACAAAAUUAGUAAGAGGUCAAAGUGCACUGCCAUACGAGAUCCGCUUAACUAACCUUAAUCUCUAUCCUCUGAGUUAUAGGCAGUUGCGCGGAGACAUGAUACAAACUUUCCGUAUCGUGCGCGGCUUGGAUUGUGCCCUUCGGUGCGAUGACUUUUUCCAACUCGCCACUACAACUCACCUCCGGGGACAUCCCUUCAAGCUACGUGUGCCACAGGGUAGACUGAAUGUGAGAAAAUAUUUCUUCUCCAACCGUGUCGUGGAACCGUGGAAUAACCUGCCCGAUACGGUUGUUAUGUCUCAAUCUGUGGACACAUUUAAAUGUCGCCUUGACAGAUAUAUGCUGCAGCAACAAGCGGACUAUGUGACUUUUUAACCAUGUGACUAGUGACAUAUGUGAAUCAAUGUAUGCAUUCACUUAAUGCUGUAAUUUCUUCACAUUUUUGCUCGUUUAUCGAUUUUUUAUGUACAAAUAGGGAGUUCAAAGGCCUAAGCCUAUUUCCCUCAAAUACACUGACUGACUGACUGAGUACGGUAAAAGUUAACAGUACUAAAAGGCUAGCGGAAUUAGUGAACUGAUGUUUCGACUGUCGAUCCCGACGAUGUUCACUGUGUGCUGCACAACGGGUUGGGCGACGAGGUCUUGACUUGCGCGGUAGUUUACAGUCAUGGCAGAAUUUUGCUGUAUCCUCUCCUCUCUUUGCCCCCUCAUCAGCCUGGUCCCGGUGUCAAGACAGAUUCAAUAAGACCGGAGGUUGGAUUUGACGCAAGGGGCUGGCACGGCGUGAGCCCAAACCUAGGCGUACCACCACACCCGCGGUCCACCCACAAAGGACUAAGAUUUCACACAACAGUAUAAAGAGGGGGUGGUCGGGAUCACAGCUGAGUGAGUGCGCUAUGAGGGUCACACUCAUCAGAAUUCAACUCUGCUCUCGUGAUUUCGAAACCUUGCCCGUAGAUCUUGAUGUUAAAUCACCAUUUCAACCCCAAAUGGUCUGUUUACGAUCAUGGCGUGAAUUCUCUGUUUUCGUCAUUUGCUAGUAGUUUGGUCGUGCAGCGAAGAGGUCUAAGGGUCGUAUUCUCUCCUCUACGCCCUAAUGACCGCCCUAGUGCUUAAUGUCCCAUCUUCGGCUAGACUCUAAGCGGACAGCGUCCGAUCGCGACUAAGUUUCUCUGUCUUGCCAAUUUGAGGAGGAUAACCUCAUUCGGUUUGGGAAGCUCUGCCUUGACGAUCUACGUUUUGAAUCUCUUAUAAAUACCACAUGCAGGCCAGUCUUGUUCGACCCGCAUAUUGCCCUUUUCAUGAGUUGAAGUUUUUUCUCCUUAAAAGUUAGCCAAUUCAUACUUAUCUAGUUUUUUUCACAAGGAGUAUUUUCACUGUUCGCUGGGCAUUUUUACAUGUAUGUGUUUAAUCUACGAUCGAAAACUUAAUAACGUAUAGAAUCAGUCUAAUUGCCCUGAAAUUUGCUGGAAGAUUUGUAUUUGCUUGCUAUGAUGCGACCUCCAGGGGUCUUUUUAUAAAAUAAUUUAUUUAUUUACAUUAGGAAGGAGCAAAUGCAGCCUGAUUAUCCGUCCCGAGAAGAAGACAGAAUUAUCACUUCAGUUGACAGCCUUCCGCGACACGGAUUUUGGAGCACCCUGAUAGAUUCGAGGGCGAAUAUGCGCUGAGAAUGUUAACUUUACCCUCCCUGCCUUUUCUCAGACAAGUUCCCUCUGUCCGGGACGAUCACCCGUCUGAUGCGUGAGUGGGCGCGGUGACAGUUGAAGAACCCGACUGCGCGUGCCACACACAACGGGGAUGCGCCGCUCGGAUCAGUGACGGUGGAACAGGGAUGGUGGGAGUAGUAGGCGGGGUAACUCGUUCUCCGCGGUCAGUACUGUGUGCGUUCAUCAACUGACUUGACCGAUGACUACGAUUCAGACUGCAGUGUCCCCUUCUAAAUGCGGCGUCAAUGACACUCGCACCCAGGUGGGACCCGAACAAUCCCGUUUUUGUGAAAACCGAGUACAUUGUGUUGUCGCCGGGCCGCGUGUGGCACGCGUAUACUGGCUGUUCAAAUUUCCAGCCAGUGUCUUUGUGCCUGUCUGCGGCCGUUCUGUCGCUGCGUUGUCAUAGAACCCAGGUGGAAGGGGGGAUAUGUGCGACAUACACUGCGCAAGCCCUCUAUCACUUCAAACCUGUCCACUCGCAGGUAACCGUCCUGUGCCCAUCGUGUUGCGGGACACAAACGGUGGACAUCAUCGCAUGCGACGGCUGAACUGACACUAAUAGUAGCAGUAGUAGUAGUAGUAGUAGUAGUAGUAGUAGUAGUAGUAGUAGUAGUAGUAGUAGUAGUAGUAGUAGUAGUAGUAGUAGUAGUAGUAGUAGUUACAAUAGUAGCAUAAAUGACAAUUUUAAUCAUAGUAGUGCGUACACUAUCACUAAUGGGGUGAAGGUGAUGAUGAUGGCAAUGAAAGCAGCCUAUUUUCACAGACAUGGGAGUUCGCGUACACCCACGCACCAAACUUCACAAUUCUCUGUACUAUUUCGGACCCUGUACACGAUUAUAAGCAAGCAACAUGGCAGGAAUGAGAUACCAACGUUCGAGCCGACGCACUUUCGUUGGAGAUUCGCUUGCUUUGUGUCAUUUGCAAAGAAGGAAUACUUGACGAAAAGACUACUGUUUUCACUGAUUAUCCUCAGGUCAGGUCAUUUUUAAGAUAGAGAGGGCAACCAAAGCAUGUACGCAGUAAGAGCAGUCAAGCAAUGGUGAUAUUUUCACACAGUCUUCGUGAGGAGGCUAGGGGAAGAUAAUUAAAAGCAGUUAGCUGGUAUAGGCCGCUGACUGGGAGGCAGACGCCGGGAGACGGGACAACAGGGCGUCUCCUACGACAACUAAAAUCGUGGCCGAAAAACAGCAAAAGAAAUAUGAGGGGAUCUCUUAACCGGGGGGUUUGGGGGAACUGGCGUAACAUCCGCCUUAGGACACUGUUGGCUCAUCGGCUUGACUUCGCCUGUUGACAGUGUGUGCUGUGUGCCCAUGCGGCAAUCUAGGAGUCGUGAAUAAGAAGGCCGCCAGUUGAUGUGCUGACUCGCUUCCCCUCAGGGCUGUUGUUCAGGUUGUGACCGUUGCUUCUUUAUGCGGCAUUUUCGAUAAUUUCACCUACUUGGGAUUCAAGUCGCCCCUAUUGUAGCCUGACAGAGGCGAAGAGAACACCGGAUGUUGGGUCUGGCACGCGUACACUUGGUUUUUAGCUAUCUUAGCCGUUGCCCCCAUGCCCACAUUUGUGUGGACAUUGGAGGGAGAUGAGUGAGUCAAGAGAGAAUGUAAUGGAUGUUGCUUUAAUUGGUCCCGUCACCAAAUACGUAUACUGGCCGGGUAUUUCUUCACAACUGUCAACCGCACGGGACGAAGUCCCUUUGUAGAGACAUUGAAGUGCUCCUCGGAAGCGAACUGGCUGUGAAUACAAGGAGUCGCGCUUUAUUCCCACAAUGGCUAUUUCUCUUGUCGUUUUGGAAGAAACAAAGUUUGAUAAGUGGACUACUGUUCUAAGAGACACCUUGGACAUAUCUUAAAUGCUUCAAAGUAGCCCCUUGUUCGAUAGUAAGAUGCCUCCAUAAAAAACUUAAAAAAUGACUGAUUAGUAUUAGACGGGUUGCCCACAGGGAAGACGGAUUGUCCGUCAGUCUAGCUGCUGGCUAACCGACGCGUACAUAGGUGGCGGAUAGUGGAACGGCCUUCAAUGAAGGUUAGUUGCGAGGCAGGCAGACCCAGGUCUGACGAAUAAGCAGUUGCGGACCAGCAAUGACAGUGCUACCAGAGUGAGGAGGCCUGAGAUCUGGCACCCUUAAAGCCUUAUAAAAAAAGCCGCAAAGCCCGAUAACGGUAUUUGUGACAUGGCGACCGUUAACCGCCAGUAAAUAAGCUUGCUUGCGACCGCUGCCUUGCGGUUAGGAUUCUAAGUCAAAAUGCUAGGGAAAACAACCUUGAACGAACAAUCAAAGCGGAUAUUGGGCAUCCGCCUGUAUCCAAAAUUCCAAAAAAACCUCAUUAAAUAUGUCCGACUGUAGUAUUACGACCCAUGCUACGACGUCCGCGGGAACCAACGCGCUUCGCAACCCCGGUCCAGUGGUGCGUACAAAUAGUAUGCGAGCUGGAAAGGGCUCUUAGUAUUGGAUGCUAGAAUGUGCAAACGUUCGUAGACACUGGUACCCAAAGUCUGACUGCGCGCAGCCUUCAUUAGUACAACGUGGAUUUUUGUUGUCUGUCUAAAGUUGGACUUCCUGACUCAGGCUCUCUAGGAUAAAAGAUACCUGUAGUCGAAGCACACUUCACCACAGCAGCCCACGCGACUCAUCUGGUGGACACAGUGUGGCGAUUGUCUUCUCGCAACAAGCGGAUUUCGCGUUACUUGCUUGGGAGCCAGUCAAUGGCCGGAUGGCCUACGUCCGACCAAAGGCUCAAUUCACGAAAAUCUCCAUCGUCUCUGCGUGCUCACCAACUUCAGCUGUCGAACAGCGUGAUAAAGAGGCAUUUUACUCGCAGCCACAAGCAUUAGUUGACAGACUCCCUCGCCGCAAUCCGCUGAUUGACGCCGGGGAUUGGAAUGGCAAAACUGGACCUGGCGACUCUACCAACAGUCAACUUCUUGGCGGCUUUGGAAUUGGUUCCCAUGUGAAAAUGGUGAGAGCUUGCUGAAGUUUGUUGAUCAGGACCAACUGUUUGUCACCAACACGCGUUGCCAACAUCGAAAAAACAACUCCUGACCUGGUAUUUAAACGACGGUCAUGCGGCCAGCCAGAUUGACUACAUGCUAGUCAGCUCAAGGUUCCGCAGCUGGGUUUACGAUAGCAGAUCGAUGUGUGGUGCCGAGACUGGUAACGCCCAUAGGUCGGACCAUGUCCUCAUUCGUACACACUUGAAGGUUCACCUCUCAUCCGCACCCGAAAUGCCACGGCUUAGACACCUUGACGUCGCACAAAUCCGGAAAGCCAGCACUGUCGAGGCCCUGAGCAGAGGAAUCUGGUUCUGUUUUAAAACCCGAGCCCACGAAGAUGACAGUAAUCAGUGGUCGUCAUUGAAAGCGUCAGUCUAUAGUGCAGCUGAGAAAGUCUUUCGAUAUGCUCAGCGACACCGCAGUGACUGGAUCGUCGGAAAAACCCUGCAGUUGUCUGCACAGAUGACUCGAGCCAGGUCCCGUAAUGAUGAUUCCUUCCGCCAACUCUGGAAGAUGACGGCCAAUUCGACCAGGGAUGACCGGAAUCAAUAUUGGGCUGAAAUGGCGACCUCCGUGGAACAGGCCUUGAACGUCGGUGGCUUUCGAAAACUCUACCAACUUAUCCAUCAAGUUAGUGGUAAGCCCUCUACACUGAGUGACCCUGUUCGCGACUUGAAUGGCGUCUUUAUUGUUGAUAACUCGGCCAAAGUCGAGCGUUAGCGUAAGCACUUCGAACACUCUCAACCUCGAUACCUAACUCACCACACCCUUGCUCCCCUCUGCAGCAGAGUUUAUUCCCUCUCCAACCCAUGCGGUGUCAUGCGACCCCCUUCUGAAGGAGAAGUCGCAGAUGCCAUGCGAAAGCUACGCAACAAGGUACCCGGAGAGGACGGUAUAUCUGUUGAAAUCUACAAGUCUUGCGCCGACACUCGGACGCCCUGGCCCCAUGAGGUGAUUGAACAAGCGUGGAGAGAAAGAGGUUACUCCUGAUGACGAAGACCCGAGCAUCGCUGUGCUAUCCUCAAGAAGGUAGAUAAGACAAGGUGCCAGAACUACCGCGGCAUAAGCGUCAUCGACGUUGCUGCGAAGAUCUUCGUUAUUGCCCUUCUCAGGCGAUUCCAUGCUGCACAUGACUCCUGGACGAGGCCCAAUCAAGCCGGAUUUCCUUAUGGACGUGAAUGCGCGGACGGACCAGGUAUUUACACUGAGGUGCAUUCUCGAAUUUUGCCAUGGUUACCAGCAACCGACAGCCGUCUGCUUUGUUUACUUUGUCGCCGCGUCCGAUUCCAUCCGUCGUGAGUCCCUUUGGCGGAUAAUGGCACUAGAUGGUGUACCGCCGAAAAUCGGCGCCAUGAUCGAGGCCUACUACCGCUCAACCACUGCGCGAGUUUUAGUCCAUAAGAAUCUUUCCCAAGCGUUCGGUAUUCGGUCUGGCGUUCGACAGGGUUGUAUCCUGUCGCCCAUUCUGUUCAACUGCGCUAUUGAAUAG